CUUCUGUUUGAAACCCUCAUUUCUUGUGGAAACUUUGCCACAAACAGUUCGUCAGAUCAUUAACUGCAGGAUGAAGCUGAAAUGUUCGUUGGUUUUCCUGCUACUAGCAGGAAUGAGUUGCAGAGUGUCGUGCAUGUCUGUAGCAGAUGUUGAUGAAUUAACAUGGGGCGAGUGGGGUGAGUGCACACGACCAUGUGGGGGCGGCACUCAGUCACGUCAUGCCGUCUGUGAGGAGAGACUCGAACCGCAAACCUGCCUGUACCUGAAGAGUACCAUUGCCAGGAAUCAGCUGAUAGAGGAACAGGAUUGUAACACGCAAUCGUGCAUAGAGACAGGUACAUGGGGUGACUGGACCGACUGGCUGCCCUGCUCUUCUACCUGUGGGUCAUUAGCCUUCCAGAUGAGAUCGCGAUCCUGUUACGAUGGCAACAACAUCACCCAAGGCUCAUGGAACUGUGAGGGUUUGACCUACGAGUGGCGUCCGUGUCAGGGGUUGCCGCCGUGCCCUAGCAACGACCCUAGCAACAACGUUACCCCAGAUGUUGAUCCUGGAAUUCCAUACGAAUCACACAGCUCCUUUCAAAGCUUCGAAAAGCUCUUUCAGGAGGAGGAGGGUCCGUCCAUCGAAAGUAGCUACAGUGUGUAAGACAAGACCAAUCCACUUAUUCUCCAACAGAAAAAAUGGCAGCAACGAGUGGACCAGGGGUAGCGUCUUUCAAAGUGUGUAUGGGAAAGGGGAUCAACAAACAAAAACCAAACAAAAAUUCUGGAAAAUAGGAGGCACCUACAAUGGGUAAUCUUAAUGCGGAAAAAUACAAAUUUGUUACCAUUUUUAUGUAUCCCUAUAAUGUAAUUAGUACAUUAUCAAGCUUAGGAUAUCUUCAAGAUUGUGUUUUUGGUUUAUGUGGUCCAAGAUACGGUUUUAGCAUGACACUUUGCAGAACUAGAGAACUUUAAGAUUUGUGAGAUCUUAUUUAAGGGAAAAUAAUCAAAGACCAAGUCCACAACGUUUGUAAGUCAGCUUAAUGAAAGAAACAGUAAAAUACAAUAAGUGUUUAAAUGUGUAAUUUCAAUUUAUUUUCCAUGUGGUUACAUGCACUACACUAUGAAUAUUCUCAUGUAUACAGAGUUAUUCUAUCAUCCAUUUAACUUGCAUAGUUGUACUAAAAUAUAAUCAAAAUUAUAUUCUUUCAUACAUCUUUCAUCGGUGUGAACCGAUUCAUCAAACAUAAAAAGAAUUCCGCCAUAAUAAAGUCAGCUAAAAUCAUUUGAAGUUUCAAAAGAACAGAAGGCUAAAAUGUUGCUUAAAGCAUGAAUCAAAUGUGAAAUCAUGUUGUUUAACACAGCUGUUCCCAAAAAUGUGUGCACAAUUUCAGAUUAUUUCUUCACAAUAUUCAAAAUAUAAGUUUAGCAGCAGAAAUGAUAUUUUGUACGAGUUACCAUCAAUGCAGUGAAAUCAUCAGUUAAAUAUAAGUUCUUACCAUGUUUUUGUAAAUAGUUCUCUUACAUAAUUACAUAGUACACUACUUGUAAGGAAGUAUACUUUUAUAGUGAGACACUGUUUUGUACACAGCAAUUGAAAUUACAUAGAACAUUGUAGCUUGCUUUUCACUAUUUAGAGAGAAUGUAAAAUAAGCAUUUUUAAGUGACCCUGAAUUAAAUUCAUAUUUCAAAUAUCACAGUGAAUGUCUAUCAGCUCACUUCAUUUUAACAAAUAGUAUAUUCCUAUGUUUUACUUUGAAUUUUCACAAAUAGUAUAUUCCUAUGUUUUACUUUGAAUUUCACACUCAUCUAUUUCAGAUGCACAACCAAAAUGCAAGAUCUACUUCCCUUGUAACUGAAUGGGUUGUGACACACAAUAAUGCUUGUGUGGCCCAAUAGUGACAGUGAAAGUGAAGAGAAAGAGAAAGAGAAAGAGAAAAGAGAAA